AUGACACCGAUCAAUCUCUCCAACUCCUCUUCCUCCUCCUCUUCCUCCACAAACAACACAAACACCAACUCGACACCUUCUACUGCCCCUACUCCUUCUAAUUCAGACUCCGAUACCGAGGUUCCUCUAUCCAUCUUUGGAAUCACACGCCGCCACUGCAGAGAAGAGCUCUAUGUCAGUCCAAUCCGAUGGACCGGCCGCCAUGCCGAGCUUCUGCAUUUCUCCUUUCAUGGGCCAUUUCCCGAGCCAGCGGCUCCCCCUUGUGCAGGCAUUACAGAAGCAGAAUACUCUGAGGAACGUUCUGGCACCCGGCAUCUGAAAGACUUUUUCGACUACUACUAUAAGCCUGUCAUGCGUGAGCAGGGCAUUUGGUUGCUCAUCACAACUGAUGCGUGCCCCCUAGUCAUCUACGAACAACCUCUCACACUCUCGCUGGGCACAUCCGUUGUCAAGAACCUCCACUGCAUGGCAUUCUACCUCAAAGAGUCAAUCAUAGGACACAAAGUGCACAAACUUCCCGUUGCCGCUCUUGUUGACCAAGGCCGCAUCACUGAGCUGCGAAAAGACUAUCUGGGUCUAUCUCGGUGCAAGAAAUGGAGCUACUGGAACCGCCCCAUGUGCUGCCUCUAUCAGAAGAAAUGGAAGAAGAUCACGCCACCAAAUCCGUUGCAUGAUCCAUUCAUUACAGCUCUGCUCAUUGGGCUGGCACAGAAGAAGCGAAGAUAUUUGCAAGAGAUUGGGUCCCCUGAGGAAGCCAGGACGGGCAAACUCUAUGCCGAUAUCCCAUCUACGCUUCUUGACAUGUUUGAACAGCCCAAAGUCGCACCGCCAGAGACCCCAUAUAUCGACAUCCGAAUCACCAAAGUCACCUACUACCCGCUGGCUACUCUUCGAGCCCGGCUACUGGAGCUAAUACUGCCAGGAAACGCGGCGGCAACGGCGGCAGCAGAAGCAGCCGCAUCAGAAACAGCCGUGUGGCAAGCGCUGGCGCGUAAGGUCGCUUCAGACGCCAGGGAGAGUGUUCAGCAUGGGACGAUGGCAAAAGAGACUAUGGCGCAAAAUAUGACACAAGAUAACAUGGUGGCAACAUUAGCAGCACCAGAAGCAUCCAUCACGCAAGCAGACGUGGUUCAACCAAUCAUGAAUCCUGCCGCUAUGGUUCAGAUUCAGCAGGCCAUGGAGCAAGCUGCCAUGACUCAACCAAUGUUGGAUCACGCAGCCAUAGAAGCCGCAUACGUCAAUCAAAAUGCACAGAAGCGCAAGUUUGAAGAUGAGCACGACGGCCAACCAUCUCAUAGAUGGGUCCCUCAGCAUUUCUCAACCCCAUGA